AUGCCAGACGAGGCAGAGUUGGCCGAAGUGGCCGGCAUUGUCGAGGUUGAGGAAUCGCUAGAACGAGAUGAACAAGAAGAGUGGGAAUACGAAUAUUCCACAACCGAGACCGAGACUUAUUAUAUAACACUUGAUUUAUCAUACCCCGAGUUCAAGGACAGGCAACCACGGACACCGCAUCAUAGCAGAGGCGGAUAUUACAAAACAUGGCUUGAUCAUAACCCCAGUUGGAGAGGACUUCGCGCUGCAGAGGACAUGGAAGACGACAACGACAACGAGCCUUUACCAGAGCCAGAGGCUGACGAAGACGAGCCCGAGAUCGAUCCAGCCCUGACUAACGACAAAGGCAAAGGAGUUGAUCGGGGUGAUGUAGUGGAUGAUUCAAAAGAGAAUGGGAACAAGGCCCGCGACGAGACCGAGGAUAUCCAAAUAUUGGAACUACAUUCGGCACAUCCGAUAAUAUCGUAUAAAGGUCGAACUUUCGAGGGCUCAUGGGCAGAGGUUGUCGGCUCAGAAGCCAUAUUCACAUCACGCGAUAACGAGAACCCCUUACCAGCUCUACGCCAUCUGGAAGGGAAUGUUGACUUUCUGGGUGCUUGUGCAUCGAGGAUUGCGACCAAAGAGACUAUUGGCAAGCCCAACAUCAUCCGCGAAGACCCACUGGCUGCCAUCAGAGAGGAAUGGAAUAUUCGGAUUCCUGUCGGAAAGGAUAGAUCGGGAGAGCGAGCUCAGCAGACACGGUUCUUGGAGAAUUUGAUGGCGCUGAAGAAGAGGAAGGGCGAGACAGAUCAGGUCACCGUAUGGGCAAAAGAUGGCGAGGGACAAAACUUCAAGGACAACAGAGACCCCGAUUACAAACCCAGGCGGAGGAGAAGAUUGCUGAACGAAGAUGGGGAGGAGGUUAUCCCUAAACGAGAAAGGCGACGUCCAAGUGGACGACGGGGUGGGCGACCAAGGCUUCGAGCUGGUCGUGGUCGUGGGUCAGAGGCAGGGCCAGCCAGCUUAGGACAAUAUACAGCAAGAGACCUGGAGGGUUCCUACAUGGAAGGAAAUCUAUCGACCCCGACCCCAAGUCGAUGGAAUGAGCUGUAUGAAAUGGACCAGGAUGAUUAUGAAAGCGAGACGGAUGACGAUGAGGAUGAAGACAUGUCAAUGGCAGACUAA